GCAGCUUCAGCUACGCUCCUUUCCUCCUUUGGCACUUCUCUCCUCUCUAAAGCUGACAGAGGGAGUCCCAGAUAGAGUGAUGUCCUCAGCUGUAGCGCCCUCAUCCAAUACCAUGGGUCCCAAAGAGGUGGAGCUGGUCCUUGUGAAGGAGCAGAAUGGGGUUCAGUUUACCUCCACCACCUUGGUGGCUCCAGCUCCGGCUCAGACUCACCCCAGUGGGGAGGAAGAGAGGGAGACCUGGGGGAAGAAAAUCGACUUUCUCCUGUCUGUCAUUGGAUUUGCAGUGGACCUGGCAAAUGUGUGGAGAUUCCCUUACCUUUGCUACAAGAACGGAGGAGGUGCGUUCCUGGUGCCAUAUCUAUUUUUCAUGGUGAUAGCAGGGAUGCCUCUUUUCUACAUGGAAUUGGCUCUGGGACAAUACAACAGAGAGGGGGCAGCAGGCGUCUGGAAGAUAUGCCCCAUAUUUAAAGGUGUAGGCUUUACAGUGAUCCUCAUUUCCCUGUACGUUGGGUUUUACUAUAAUGUCAUCAUUUCCUGGGCGCUGUUCUACCUCUUCUCCUCGUUCACCAGCGAGUUACCUUGGGUGCACUGCAACAACUCCUGGAACAGUCCAAACUGCUCAGACUGGGCUGACAACAGCUCAGUCGGUGACAUUUACAAAGCCACGCCUGCUCAGGAGUACUUUGAACGCGGGGUCCUUCAUAUUCAGGACAGUAAUGGUAUAGCCAACCUGGGCCGUCCACGCUGGCAGUUGACUGCCUGUUUGGCUGUGGUGAUUGUUCUGCUCUACUUCAGUCUCUGGAAGGGAGUCAAGACCUCUGGCAAGGUUGUGUGGAUCACGGCCACCAUGCCCUAUGCCGUCUUGACUGUGCUGCUGCUCCGUGGAGUCACUCUGCCUGGAGCCAUUGAUGGCAUUAAAGCAUACCUCUCUGUGGACUUCAUGAGACUCUGCGAUGCCAAGGUCUGGAUUGAAGCAGCAACACAGAUCUGUUUCUCACUGGGAGUGGGGUUUGGUGUGCUAAUUGCCUUUUCCAGCUACAACAAAUUCACCAACAACUGUUACAGAGAUGCCAUCAUAACCAGCUCCAUCAACUCCUUAACCAGUUUCUUCUCUGGCUUUGUGGUCUUCUCCUUCCUUGGAUACAUGUCCCACAAGCACAAUGUGGCUCUAGAUAAAGUCGCCAGAGAUGGUGCCGGGUUGGUGUUUGUCAUUUAUCCAGAAGCUAUUGCAACACUGCCUGGGUCAUCAGUGUGGGCAGUUAUUUUUUUCAUCAUGCUCCUGACACUCGGUAUUGACAGUGCUAUGGGAGGGAUGGAAUCGGUGAUCACAGGGCUGAUUGAUGAAUUCAAAUGCCUUCACAAGCACAGAGAGCUGUUCACCCUCUUCAUCGUUGUUUCCACAUUCCUGAUAUCCCUCUUCUGUGUCACAAAUGGAGGGAUGUAUGUGUUUACUCUGCUGGACCACUUUGCAGCAGGAACAUCGAUUCUCUUUGGAGUGCUUAUUGAAGCCAUUGGCAUCGCUUGGUUCUAUGGGGUGGAUCGUUUCAGUGAUGACAUUAAGGAGAUGAUUGGCCAGCGCCCAGGCAGGUACUGGAGGCUUUGCUGGAAGUUCGUCAGUCCUUGUUUUCUCCUGUUCAUGGUUGUGGUGAGCUUUGCCACAUUCAACCCUCCAAACUACGGCUCCUACCUGUUUCCUUCAUGGGCUAACAUGCUAGGAUGGUGUCUGGCCAUGUCCUCAAUGGCCAUGGUGCCUCUCUAUGCUAUCUACAAACUCUGCAUACUGCCUGGAUCGUUUUGCAACAGACUGGCAUAUGCUAUCACCCCAGAGACAGAGCAUCAUCUGGUAGACAAUGGGGAGGUUCGACAGUUCACUCUGCAUCAUUGGCUGGUGGUCUGAGACCUGCGGAGAGCGAAGCAGAAAGAGUGAAAGAAAGACAGAUUGGCAGAAUGCAUGCAGGGUGAAUGAAUGCAAGCACAACAAAGGUCUGAAGAGUUAAGAGGAAUAGAGCUUUUUAAAUUGGUCACUUUGAUAACUGUGUUGUUCUUUAAUUUUAACAGUGGAUGUGUGAAGCUGUGCAUUGGCCCUCUCCACCGUUUCUCCACUACUUGUUGAGUGGGAAUCGGUCCAGCAGUUCAUGUGGUGUUCACCCUGCUACUUCUGUAAAUGCAAAAGUCCCUGAACGCAUACCAUUCUAGUUUUUAGCCUGCUAGAUAUCAGUGUGAGAAAUACUCCCUCGAUUUUCUUACAUUGUGCAUUCCUAACAAAGAGCAGCGAAUGCCACAGGUGAAAGAACACAGGAAGUUUAAUGUAAAUUGUGUCAAAUGCUUCGUGGCUUAAAAUAAUCAAUAAAAUUCAAUAAAAUAAAACCUUGUUGUAAUGUUAGGGGCUUCACAAAACAUUUUUAUGCUCGAGUUUUAUAUUUUUUUAUUUGCUAAUAAAGUUUAAACAGUAAGUAGCCUUUAUUUUGUAUGGUUAUAUUCUUAUUAUAGUGUAUUAAAGUAUGAGAAAUAAAAAAGAAUAUUGAAUCUAAACAAAUGCCACGAGUUUUACUGAAUCCUAGACUUUAGCAGGGCAGUUUAUUUAUGUUUUUCCUUUCAAAGACUGUUAUGAUUAUAUUGUACCGUCAAAAUUCCUGCAAAGGACCAGUUUUGGUUUACAUCAAAAUAAUCUUUUGGUUUGACUGUUUUCUUUUAUAGCAAAAAUAAAUUAACACAAUGUUAUGAUGAAACCAUGACAGCAUUAAUAUGAGCUUUCUCACAAACUGAUACGAAUGCUGACAACAAAAUCACCAGAUUUCUGUUUUUCUCACCAAUGUUUUAUUUUAAGUUAAAAUGAUAACUACAACAGUGACUUAAACAUGACCCAAAACAUGAUUAGGCUGAAACUGCCCUCGUGAGAUAUCUGCUUAAAAAGGGAGCUGAUGCUCACUCUAAACCUCCACAUAAGAAACUGUAGUGUCAGAAGUCCCAAAACAUUUGAGCCUUUAUUGUGAAACUGCAGUAUUUUCCACUGAGAUUGGGUUGCAUUUCAAUAGUAUCCACAGAGUAUUAGCCUUACUAACCAAUAUCAGUUUUUAAUACGGAUUAGAAAAGUGAAGCAUCUUUUGAGAGUAUGUUAGUGUUUCAAACUCAGCAGAAAAGUACAACAAAAAGUUGGUUACACAAAACUAUUUGGGGAGUCAAGUUGUGAUUGUGCUUGCAAAAGCAUGAACACUUUAGAAAAAACACUGUAUGUGGCUUCACAAACCAGCGUUCAGUCAAAAUCUCUCGCAAACUAACUUUGACUAGUCCCAUAAUUGAACUGCCCCCAGCAGAGCCAGUCAGUACGUGAAACACUGUAAAACAUUUCUGCACACCAUUUCCACCAUGCAGAAUGUCAAAUUACAUUUUUUUUUUACUUCAAUUUCAAUAAUGCUGCGGCUAAUAUGAUUAAAUACCACAACUUCUGAUCAUGUCCAAGAUGCUGACCAAUCUAACCUACUAACUAAAACUAGCUAUUACUAACAAAGACUCUCUGUGUCUGUGACAUGGGAAAAUGCUAUUUUUCCUAAGAAAAAGCAGCCCUUGUCAUAAUUCUUGCCUCAGCCCUUUGGGGAUGCUAAACACACUGGUGAUUUAAUCUUUCUGUGAUGAAGACCACAGAAAUUCACCUUUCAAUGAAACAAUUGAUGAUACUUUGACAAGACUUGACAUUCUCUUUUUUUUUAUAAUUACUGGAUUGCCACAUAAUUAGUGCGACCAGAUGUAUGUGUCGUCCCUCCCAGUUUCAGGGUAUGAUUUGGAAGACGCGACUGUCAUGUUUCCUCCACAGAGCAUGAAGCUUAAAUUUUAUAGUUUACACAAUGCUAUUCUGUAUUUGAAGACUGUUUUAAAAAGCUGCUUUUUAUCAAAGUUAAUUUAAUACUGUGUAAUGUAAUAAAUGAAUCAAUUUAAAUGCUAUUUCGAUGUAAGUAAAUAUAAUGUAGAGGGACUUGUAUUGUAUUGUAAUGUAUGAUAUUAUAUUUCAAGACCAACAGACAUUACACUUUUAUUUAGCCUAGACUAAGACUAGACUAGGCUAAGAUGAUAACAUAAGAAUUACAGGAAAAAUUCUUCACAAGACCUUUCUGUUUUUAUCAGAAAUUAUCUCAAAACGGGUCAGUUAUGACUCAUUUUUCUUUCCUUAUGGUACAUGUAACACAAUCAAGGGUUAAUGGUGUCCCAAGCUGUAUGCCUGUGC